CCAACUUUAAUAUGUCAACAGUCAAAAUCAUUUCAUAAAAAAAUCUCUAUAGUUAUAAGACGGUAUAGGAAAUUGUAAAUUACGGUACCGGCUAAAAGAUUGUAAAAUAAAAUGUGAAAUAUUAGAGGUCUCAGUUGUUUUUGACAGUCACUAUUAUAGUAACAAAGCAAAAAGAAGAGCAAAAUAAUGGAUGUUAAAAAAGAAAAGCUAGAAGACAAAAAGUUUAUAAAAGAUGAUCAUAUCUUAACGGUGCUUUUAAUAACCCUUGCGAUACCAAUAUCAAUGUCAAUGUGGAUAAUGAAUAUAAUAUAUUCAAAAUUAUUGUUAAAUACUGAAGGAUUAGAUGAUCCAGUCAUAAUAUCACCUGGAAGAUGGUUGGCAGCCUGUCUGAUACCAGUACCAUUUGCAUUAUUUGGUUACAAAAGAAAGAGUUUAAAUAUAAGCGGAGCAUUACUUGGAUUUAUAGUGGCAUUCGUAUUAACACUCUCAAACUUUUGUUUUUUGAUCGAUAUGAUGGUGUUUUUCUUAUCAUCCUCAAAGGCAACACAUUUCAGACCUCAAUUAAAAAAAAAGUUUGAAGCGGACUUCAAAGAAGGUGGUCAAAGAAAUUGGAUUCAAGUUCUUUGCAAUGGAGGGAUGGCAACUCAACUUGCUUUAUUGUACUUAUUAGAUGUUGGUGCAUCGGAGAAGCCGAUUGAUUUUGUCAAAGAUUACAGAUCCUCAUGGUUGAGCAUAGGUGUACUUGGUGUUUUUGCAUGCACCAAUGGCGAUACCUGGGCAUCAGAAUUGGGCACAGUCUUAAGUAAUGCAGAUCCUAUACUUAUCACCACUUGGAAGAGAGUACCAAAAGGAACAAAUGGGGGCAUUAGUCUUAUAGGAACUGUUGUCAGCACAGUUGGGGGUCUCGUAAUAGGAUUAUCUCAUUAUUUAACCAUACUAUAUUUUGCUGAUAGAUCUUUACUUAUGUACGCACCACCUCAGUGGCCGAUUAUAUUUUAUGGAGCAUUCGCGGGAUUCUUAGGUAGUCUUAUAGAUUCUAUUCUUGGUGCAACUUUACAAUAUUCAGGAUUAGACAAGGAUGGAAAGAUUGUUUCUCACUCAAGCUUAACAGUGAAACAUAUCAGCGGAAAAAAUAUUUUGGAUAAUCAUAGUGUCAACCUGUUGUCCACAAUUAUAAUGGGAUUACUUAUGCCUUCUAUCGUCAAACUUCUAUAGAUAGAUGGGAAAAUAAAUCUUUAUAUAUAUUGUUAUUUGGGAAUGAAACUUUCAUGCCUAUUUAGAUUUUAAAAAAAAUCUUACUUUAUUGAAGUACUGAAUUAAACAAUACUCGCAUAAUAAUAUUUUUAUGUAUUUUUACACAAAUUAACAAGAAAUAAAAACUAUUCAAGUACUUAAA